ACCCGUUCAAGAUACAAAAAUGGAAAAGGAACUACCGCCGCCAACUAAGGUAGAAGGUGCAGAGCUUCCCAAGAAGUCCAUAAUGACACGGCCUGGAUUUGGAACUUCUGGAAGACAUGUCUCUUUGCUUGCAAAUCACUUCAAAGUUUCCAUCAAAAAUCCAAAUGAGAUUUUUUACCAAUACAGUGUUUCCAUAAGUUAUGAGGAUAAUAUGGCUGUUGAAAACAAGUUAAUUGGAUGGAAAGUCAUUGAUAAACUUUACCAAACAUACUCUUCUGAACUUGCUGAAAAGCGGUUUGCAUAUGAUGGGGAAAAGAGUAUGUUUACAGUGGGGCCCUUACCACAGAACAAGUUGGAAUUUACAGUCAUUCUUGAGGAAUCUACUGCUAAGAGUAGCGGCAGCCCUUCCAAUAAUGGGUGCCCGACUGAGCCUAGCAAAAGGUCUAAGCACACUCUACAGUCAAAAACAUUCAAGGUAGAGAUCAGCUAUGCUGCUAAGAUACCCUUGAAAUCCUUAUCACUUGCCCUUAAAGGAGCUGAAACAGAAUAUGUCCAAGAUGCUCUGAGAGUUUUAGACAUCAUUUUAAGGCAACAAGCAGCUAAUCGCGGCUGUCUUUUGGUUGAACAAUCAUUUUUUCAUGAUGACUCACGGAUGUUCAUUGAUGUUGGAGGGGGUGUGACAGGCAUACGUGGACUGUAUUCUAGCUUUCGUCCAACUCUUGAUGGUUUAUCUCUAAAUAUGGAUGUAUCAACAACCAUGAUCUUGAAACCAGGACCUGUUGUGGAUUUCCUUCUUGCCAACCAAAAUGUGAAGGACCUUCGCUAUAUUGACUGGGUAAAGGCAAAAAAGAUGCUCAAGAAUAUGAGGAUCAAAGCAAUUCAUAGUAAUACGGAGUUCAAGAUUAUAGGUUUGAGUGAGAAACCAUGCAACCAGCAGUUUUUUUCCUUGAAAGUAAAAAAUGGUAGCAAUACUGGAGGCAGUGACGAGGCCCUUGAAAUUACUGUUUAUGAGUAUUUUGUUACACACCGAAAUAUUGAAAUUAAAUCUUCAGCAUACAUGCCAUGCCUUGAUGUUGGGAAACCAAAACGACCAAAAUAUCUGCCAUUAGAGCUCUGUUCUCUAGUCUCUCUUCAGAGAUAUACAAAAGCGUUAUCAGUGAUCCAGAGAUCAUCCUUAGUUGAAAAAUCAAGACAAAAGCCACCUGAGAGAAUUCAAGUUGUAACUGAUGCUAUGACAAUAUACAAGUACGACGAAGAUCCACUCCUUGCCUCUUGUGGAAUAUCAAUUGAAAAGGAGCUUACUCGAAUAGAUGGACGGGUCCUUGAAGCACCAAAGUUGAAGUUUGGAAAUAAUGAAGAUUUCUUACCUCAAAAUGGUCGGUGGAACUUCAAUAAUAAGAAACUUCUGAAGGCCCAGCAUAUUCAAGAAUGGGCACUUGUUAAUUUCUCUGGACGCUGUGAAACUAGUCAUCUUUCACGUGAGCUGAUCAACUGUGGGAGGAACAAAGGCAUUGAAAUUGAACGCCCAUAUACGAUUAUUGAAGAAGAUCCCCAGUGCAGAAGAUUUAGCCCUGUCGUACGUGUAGAGAAGAUGUUCGAGCAUAUUAUGGCUAAGCUGCCUGGUUCUCCUGAAUUUUUACUUUGUGUUUUGCCAGAACCGAAAAAUUGUGAUAUUUAUGGACCUUGGAAGAAAAAAUGUCUGAUCGACAUGGGUAUUGUAACCCAAUGCAUUUCUCCUAUCAAGAUCACUGACCACUACCUAACAAAUGUACUUCUCAAAAUAAAUACCAAGCUAGGAGGAACCAACUCGUUGUUAGCAAUAGAGCAUUCCAAUCGCAUUCCACUAAUUACAGAUCAGCCAACCAUGAUACUGGGAAUGGAUGUUUCACAUGGUUCUCCUGGUCGAUCUGAUGUUCCAUCCGUUGCUGCAGUGGUUGGAUCACGAAGCUGGCCAUUGAUAUCAAAAUACAGAGCAGCUGUUCGGACUCAAUCUGCAAAGAUGGAGAUGAUUGAAUCUUUGUUCAAGCCACUAGCAAAUGGGCUGGAUGAUGAUGGUAUCAUGAGAGAAUUACUUUUGGAUUUCUAUAAAACCAGUAAUGGACGCAAACCAACUCAAAUUAUUGUUUUCAGGGAUGGUGUCAGCGAGUCCCAGUUUGCUCAGGUUAUAAACAUCGAGCUUGAUCAAAUGAUCAAGGCAUAUCAGUAUCUUGGCGAGUCUGAUAUCCCAAAAUUCACUGUGAUAGUGGCACAAAAGAAUCACUAUACCAAGCUAUUCCAAGCUUCAGCUCCAGAGAAUGUGCCAUGUGGUACUGUUGUGGAUACUAAGAUUGUUCACCCUAGAAAUUAUGAUUUUUACAUGUGUGCUCAGGCGGGUCGGAUAGGAACUUCUCGACCUGCCCAUUAUCAUGUCUUGCUUGAUGAGAUUGGCUUCUCCCCUGAUCAACUGCAGAAUCUGAUCCAUUCACUAUCAUAUGUUUGCCAGAGAAGUACCGCUGCUAUCUCCAUAGUGGCACCGGUAUGUUAUGCACAUCUUGCAGCUGAGCAGAUGGCUCAGUUCAUGAAGUUUGAGGAUUUGUCUGAGACAUCGUCUGGACAGAAUAGCGUGACAGAAACUGGAAGCAUCCCCGUUCCUGAGAUGCCCAGGCUCCACAAGGAUGUUGCUGGAUCCAUGUUCUUCUGUUGAUGCAAUGGAUUGGCUUUUUUGGUAGUGUUUUUGGAUGAACAACUCUGAAAACAGGUGUACAUAGCUGGUGACUUCGGUGUCCGGGUAAAUAGGGAGGCUAACCCUGAGCUAGGUGAAGAUUUUGAUACAAGAAAGGCUGAAUCAUUGUCAUUAAACUUGAUUUGUGCACCUUUUGCUUCACCUCUUCAUUGUUUCCAAUCUGAAAAGUUAUUUAUUAGUACUUGGUAUGUUAGUUACAUUUGUUCAUAAUGUAGCACCUUCUUUUUGGGUCUUAGUAUUUGGUGAAUUGGUUUAA